AGAACAAAUGGCUCAUCCACCCCAACCCAUUAGCUCAGGCCACUUUCACCUUUAUUGGCUACACUUAGCUAAAACAAGGUGUUGACGGAGUCAUCCUCUAAUAACCACAUAUAUGUUGCUGUAGUCUAACCCUUUAAGUAAUUUACCAAUUUUAACUUGCAAAACAGGGAUAUUUCUGGUAUUUCCAAACACACACCACGAGACAACAAAAUAAUACAAACAAUCGAACCGUACAUGUGAUACGGUAUGCCAAUAAAGUAAUUGACACAUGUGAAACGUUUCCUAUAAUAUUAAAGUGUUGUUAUUUACAGCAUCGCAUUCCCAAGUCCCAACCGUGUCAUAGUGAGUAGUGACCACCGACUACUAUCAUUGACUUGAUUUGCUUCACAAAGAAGGUAUCAAGUCCCGGUUUACUUCUUCUCUAACUUCCUACGACUGACAAAAGAUCUUCCAGCAUCCUGCAUAAGCAUCCUAAGCCUCAGCUUGUAUAUGACUUGAGUCAGUGCAUCACCUUUAACCAAUCGCUGCUAUGUCUUACCAAAACCAAGAAUAUGAUGCGUACAUUAGUUCUGGAUUGAACUUCCUUGAUCCUUUUUUUUCAGAUCUCUAUGCUGCACUCAGAUAUGUUGGACUGCAUGUUUUAGCAGACCAAGCCGUGGUCAAGACUAAUGAACUUUUAUUAUCUGGCGCAAUCGAACGAUGCAGAGUUUCUAUCAUAGUUUUCACAAUAGAUUAUGCUAAAUCAGCCCUGUGUUUGCAAGAGCUGGUGAAAAUAAUGGAGUGUCAUCGGAGCAGCAAAGAUCAGAAGGUUGUGCCCGUGUUCUAUUGCUUAGAUCCCUCCCAAGUAUGCAAUCUGAGCGGUUAUUUUGGGCAGAUUUUGUCUGAUACUCUGCAAGGAACGGAUGAAAACAUGAUGUUGAGUUUUGCGACCGCGCUUCGACAAGUUGCUUCCAUUUCACCCAGGUUUCUUCCGGAUAUAGGGAAUAAAAUAAAAGUUAUGAACGAUAUAGUUGGACAUGUUACAUCCUUGAUAGAUUCAGCGAAAUUAUUCAUUGCAAAGCAUCCGGUGGGAGUAGACUCUCGUGUGCAAGAUUUGAUUCAACUCUUAAACAAUCAGAAUGAAGAUGGUGUUCUGAUAAUGGCGAUAUGGGGAAUGGCGGGAAUAGGUAAAACAACUAUCGCUAAAGCCCUCUACAACCAAAUUAGCCACAACUUUGAGGUGAAGAAAUUUGUCCCAAACAUCAAGGAUAGAAUAAUGAAAAAUUCAGCAAGAACGUCUAGUUUAGAAGAGGAGCUUCUAUUAUUUUUCCAAGAACGAGUUACAACAAAAACGCAUAACGCUGACUCAACAAGAGAUAAAUGGUGGGGACUUCCUCACAUAAAGGUACUUCUUAUACUUGACAAUGUAAGAAGUGAAAGAGAACUGGAGGUUUUGCCAGUAACUCGUGAAUGCUUUGGUCCUGGGAGUAUAAUAAUCAUCACGACAAGAACUAAACAUGAUCGACUUCAUGAGAUUGGAGUUAAUCAUAUAUAUAGAGUGAAAGAAAUGGACUACAACGAAUGUGUUGAGCUUUUUAGUUGGAGCGCAUUCAACAAAGCCACUCCUGAAAGAAGUUAUUCUGGUCUUAUUAAUUAUGCAAUUGAAUAUUCUGAUGGACUGCCACUGGCUCUUGUGUGUGUUGGCUCUGCUGUAUCUGAAAAAAGUAUACAAGAGUGGGAGAAUGUAUUGGACAGCUUCAAAAGAUUCCCCUUUCAAGAUGUAUGGCAGGUUUUGGAACAUAACAAAGAAAGAAAAAAAAUUCAAAGGCCAUAUGAUGUAUUCUUGAGCUUUCGAGGCAAAGAAACUCGCUCAAAGUUCAUCUCACAUCUUUAUGCAUCUCUUGAAAAUGCUGGUAUCUAUGUUUUCAAGGAUGAAAACGGGCUAGCAAGAGGGGAAACUCUCUCAAUCUCGCUUCUGAAAUCAAUUGAAGAGUCUAAAGCUUCUAUCAUUAUUUUGUCACCAAAUUAUGCAUUUUCAAGAUGGUGCUUGCAAGAGUUGGAACACAUCAUGCUCUGUUGUAAAAACAAAACUCAAAAGGUGCUGCCAGUAUUCUACCAUAUAGAUCCCUCGGAAGUGCGAAAUCAAACUGGUAAGUUUGGACAAGCUUUUGAUAACCUUAUGAAAAGAUAUCCGGAUAAAAUAAAAGGCAAGGAGCAGAGUUGGAGGAAAGCACUCCGUGAAGUCGGGUGCAUUGCAGGGUUUGUCAUCCGAAAAUCCAGGAAUGAAAGUGAGGAUAUUAAGAACAUUGUUGAACAUAUUACUCAUAUGCUGGACAUGAAGGAACUGUUUGUUGCUAAUCAUCCGGUAGGAGUUGAAUCUCGUGUUGAAGAGGUGAUUGAACUGUUAAAAGACCAGCAGCAAGAAAAUCCUCUACUACUUGGUAUAUGGGGCAUGGGAGGGAGUGGUAAAACAACCAUUAGCAAAGCGAUUUAUAAUAAACUUUUCCGCGAGUUUGAAGGUCGGUGCUUCCUCCUAAAUAUAAGAGAAGUUUGGGAUCAAGAUAAUGGAAUUCUUUAUUUACAACAGCAACUUCUUUCUUCUAUCUUCAAGACAACGAAAAUAAAGGUAGAAAACAUUGAAUCUGGAAAGUCAAUAUUGGAAAAAAGACUUGGCCAGAAAAAGAUUCUUCUUGUACUUGAUGAUGUGGACAAAUUGGAGCAGCUAAAUUCUUUAGCUGCAAGCCGUAAAUGGUUCUGUCCCGGUAGCAUAAUAAUCAUCACAACAAGAGACGAGCAUCUUCUAAGUUGUCUUAGAAUUGACAAGUUAUAUAGUAUGAAAGAGUUAAAUGACAAAGAAUCCAUUGAACUUUUUAGCUGGCAUGCAUUCAAAGAACCAUGUCCAAAAGAAGAGUUUGCUUCACUUGCUAAUCCUCCAGAAUAUACAACUGCAAACUUUUAUCUGGGAAAUUUAGUUGCCAUUGACUUCAAAUAUAGCAAACUCAACCUAGUAUGGAAGAAGGGUCAGGUAUAA